GAGAGAGACUGAGAGGGACGGAGUGAUUUUGGAAUGAAGUGCGUUUACUGGCUUCAUCUCCUCGCGUGGAGUGCAGUCACCACCGGAGCGUGGAGUGCAGUCACCACCGGAGGAGACUUCUAUGACUAUCUGGCUGUGGGUGAUGAUGGAGAGAGUGGAUCAGGCCACAUUCCUGGUUCCCAGGGGGAUCAGCUGGAAAUCUCCACGUUGACAAACCUCAGCAUCUUUUUAAUGGAAUUCAGCCGCCUGAAGAGGUUUCCCGUGGCGGUCAUCGCUAACAAGAUAGACGGGGCGCUGGGCGGCAUGGACUGGGGCACUGUGGAGAAGGGCACCAGGCUCACGGCAGCCUCUACUCUGCUGCACACGGUGGCCCUGGCACUGAUGGCCUCACGUACUGCCAGUGCCGUGGCUCCACUGUCAAUCUCCACCCACAACCUGGACGUUGAAAUCCGUUCCCACCGAGGUAAUGCCACGGCAGACGAGCGGCUGGUCCUGAACGUGGCCGGCAACAAGAUGGAGCUGUACUGGUCGGCCAUCCCCACAGACAACCACACAGGCCCCACCAGGGUGGGAUUCAUCAACUACCACAACCUGGGCUUGGCCCUGGAGGGAGUGGGGGCCGGAGAGGGGGCCAGAGAGGGGGCCGGAGAGGGGGCCAGAGAGGGUCCCGGUCCGGAGCCGGCCGACUUCCGUCUGAUCUCCAGCGUGGUGACGGUGGCGGUGGGCCAGGGGUCCGGCUCAUCGCUGAGGGAGCCCCUCAACCUCACCCUCCUGCACUCUGAGGUGAGGCAUCGACUGACCCACGGUGUGGUCACUUGUGGCCCCAGGACAUGUGUAUAG